GCGCGUCCAGCAGCGGGCCGUUCCCCCCCUCGCCGCGGAUGGUCCCGGCACAACAUGGCGGCCGCCGGCCGGGCCGGACCCUGAGCACAGCCGCCCUCCUUCCGCCCGCGGGGCCGAGGCCGCCGGGGACAGCGCCCGGCCCGGCCCUCCGCGCACGGAAGCUGAUGUGAAAGAAACCGACUAUGAAAGGUCAGAGGAAUUCGUACUGCCUGUUUCCACAAUUACUAACAAGUGCAUCCCUGCUGAAUCUUCAGCUUGGCAAGAAAUUCUCACAGAUCUGCAGUAUGGAGGAGGCCUUUGAAACCUACUGCUGCAAGAAUGAUUUGGCCACCCCAGGGGUUUUUGUCACCUUCAGACCUGCAUUGUGAAUUUGAAAAUUUAGAGUGCUGUUACUCUGAAGAACCUCAAGGAGGGAUAACCAUUUUGGAAACCUGUGAGCUCUGUUAAGAAAAUACACCGAGGUGGCUGUCCAUUGUGCACAAUAACACUGAAAGCAGGAGUGAUCUCUACAAGAUGACCUGGUGAUGCUGGAGAGUGAUUACGACUGCAGAGAGCACAGCACUGGUGGUGCUCCAUGCCUUGCAAGAGGGAGGGCCUGUGAAGUGAGCUGAGAAUGAGAUGGAUUUGCCACAAAAGACUCGACGCUCUCGGUAUAUGCAUCGUCAAUGAGCUGCGGAUAAACUCAGCACACGCAUCAGAGGAUGGAUGUGGAGGUGGACUGGGACUCUGAAAAUAGCACUUGUGACACAGGUGAGGAGCUGUCAAAUUAUUCCAGAAAGAGCACUGAGGAGUUGGGCCACAAGUCUCCCCUCCAGGAGGAGGGGGGCAUGAAUUACUCACAGACGCGCAGUCCUUGUCGCAACUCUGCAGGACCAUCAGAUAAGGAGGAGCUUCCUGCAGAGCCACAGUGUGAAGACAGAGAAUUCUAUCAGACUUAUUACCAGAAACAAGGUGAGAGUACAGCUGGGAUAUUUGUCCCCUCCGGUACCAACUUUGACCUGCAGGGUGAAGAUAAGACCUUAGAGCGCGGUUCCUCUGAGCACUCCAAGAGAUCACGGAGAAGAGCGUGUGGUGAUAAUGAAAAUGCCCUUCUGGAUGGCGUGUUUGAGGACUCGGAGCCCACACCUGGGAAAGCUUUGUCCUAUCGGUGCAAGAAGUGCGGUGCCUCUUUCCAGGGUAUGAGCGAGCUGCAGCAACAUAAACGAACUCACCUCGUGGAAAACUCCUACCGAUGUCCUGUCUGUGCCAAAGAGUUCUUCCGUGCGGCGAACUUACGCAUGCACAAGCUCAUCCAUAACAGCGACAGGCCGCACAAGUGUCCGGAGUGUGACAAGGGUUUCAUUCGCACGGCUGAUGUCUGGAGGCACCUACGCAACGUGCACAAGAUAGAGCGUUCCAUGGUGAUUUUGGGCAACGGCAUGGCUAGGAACCCGUGGUCGAUAGUGCACCGUAACCAGCACACCGUCGAGUACGCCGAUCAGCCUUGUGCAGGUAACCACAAAGCCGAGGAAGAAGACUGUAAGCCUUACGCCUGCCCAACGUGUGGCAAAGGUUUCGAUAAGCCUAACCUGCUUUCCAAGCACAAGGUGAUCCACCGGCAGGAGAAGCCCUAUAAGUGUCAGGAAUGCGGCAUGGCGUUCGUCCAGCUGCUCAGGCUGAAAAGACACCAGCAGACUCACUCCGGGGUGCGGCCCUUCUACUGCGAGGAGUGUGGGGGGACGUUCACGAGGCUGGCCUCGCUCCAGCGCCAUCAGCGCAUCCACACCGGAGAGAAGCCCUACUCUUGUGAUUACUGCGGGCAUUCCUUCACCGAGUCAGGUACCCUACGGAGGCAUGAGCGCACGCACAAAUUGGACAAAGCUUAAUUAACUCUCGGUUGGUGAUUGUGGUCUCUGUGGUUCUUAAGUGAAUGAGACCUGAGAAAAGCACUCCACCGCAUGCACUGCAGCCGGUCCAGAUCCACGUCCCAGCAGUGGGCAGCUCAGGAACUUGUGCUGGUAGAGCUUGCACUUUGCUGGCUUUAAGCUGCCUUUGUGUGAAUAAAUUCCUGAAUUACCACUGAGUAAUGAAAUGUGAGACUCGUGAAGACUGAAAUAGCUCACAUGUGCUAGCGCUGUGUCACCGCUGUGAAUGGGAGGUGCAUCUGCUUGAGCUUUUUGCAAGGAUGCACGGGCUAUGAGACUUCUCUCUGCAGUCCUGGUCGCUGGACAAAUUGGCCCUGCCCACUGGAGUGUGAUGGCUUGCUGGCAAUGGCUUUGGAGAUCUGUCGUUGCAGGUCUUUGUUAAGUCAGAACAGUCCAUAGUCGUCCAUGUAUCUGUUCUUGCAUUCUGCUGAGUUUUUCUUCCCAUCACGUGUUUUUAUUUGGAAGAGAAGUAUCAUGUUUGUUAUUUAAAAACAAAGCAAAAAAAAACCAACCCGCCCACAAAACAAUCCCUUAAUAAACUCGACAGUUGUCAGCUGUAUUUCGUAAA